AUGGCCGGUCUACUCCAUGCUCCACUACUCAUGCUGACCACUCUCAUGGUGGCUCUGAACCUGAUCCUGAGCCCUAUGUUGGCUCACACUCUGCAGAAUGACACAGAAAAAUUCAGUGUACAGGAGAUUGGGACCCCAGAGGCACUGGAAUAUGCCGUCAACAAGUACAAUGAAAACAGCGAUGACUUGUAUCAGUAUGUUGUUGUGGAAGUGAAAGAUACAAAAUUCCAGCGUGAAGCAGCUGGAACAAAAUAUCUCUUCCAUGUGAACCUAGCCGAAAGCAUAUGUUUGAAGUCCAAGUUUAACAUUGCCUCCUGUUACUUAAGGGAGACGUUUAAG